GCAAACAACCCGCCCACAAAUCGAGCGCGGCCAUGUUGAAUUGUCGAUAUCCUGAAAGCAGAGACAAAAGACUGGAUUUCGCCAAACUACGAGUUGUUUGUGAAACUUAACCAAACCGCCGACACAUCGCUGAUCACCGACGCCGCAGAGGAGACCUCGGGUGACUGCGGCAAAGUGAAGCUAGCAUCGUUCUCCGACGGGGUAACCUGGAUUUUCUUGUUGAUCGGCAAUUCUCACAGCACCUUGCAGAUUGCCACCGCCGCUGUUUCUGCACAAGUAAAGGAAACGACAACAAGAAAACCACAGCGGACUCUCGAUGUUCAAGAAAAGAGUGCCUGGAGUGACUUUUUGAGCCAGUAUUAAGCUCCAGUGAACACUUGUGAAAACCUCUUGAUGUCAAAGGAGCCAAUCAUAUAAGUUUGAGACGUGACAGACAAGGUCAUACUUUCAUAUUGACCUUUGUGAAUGUAUAAACACAGCACUUGGACUUAAAAUGCCAAGAUACAUGAAUAACACAUAAAGUUAAGCAUUUUCAUUACAGCAGGGAUAAGAGUACUUGGAGAGAAAGGAAAAAAAAAAAACAUUUUGAAAGAAAAAUAGGGUUUAUGUUUUGGUCACGUAUUUGAUUUAUUUAUUCUUAUGAAUGUUAAUUUCUCCCUUUUUUGGAGAGUUGUCUUGUAAAUAGACAUAAUUCUUACGCAUACUUCUUUACAAGAGGUCUGAAUGUCAGAUUGUGUACACGGAACAUUCUUUUGAAUUGAGAAGAUACAAGAAAAACUUUUAAUUUUUUUUCCAGCUUUUACUUCUUUCCUUUUUUCUUUUUUUUUACACACGGGUGCAUUAAGCAACACACAAGUGAAAUAGAGACAAAUAUACAUUUUACACACUGUGAGGAAACUCAAAACCAUGGCUACAGCAAGAACAGCAAACCCUGCAACGAUGAUGGGAUUGAACAAAGCAGCAAAUGGGCAGUUCAGAGGACAGACGAGGCCACCAGGACAACAAUCAGGACUGCUUGCAGCUGCCCAACAGUCCAGUGACCCCAUGAAAAGGACCGGCAUUCCUCAGAGCAGUGGGGGCAUCAAGUUUGGGGAUGACUGGAAGAGGUGCCUGGAGCUUCCCCCCAAAGACACCAGGUUGAGAACUUCGGAUGUGACAUCAACUAAGGGAAAUGAAUUUGAAGACUACUGCCUAAAGCGGGAACUGCUAAUGGGAAUCUUUGAGAUGGGAUGGGAGAAACCCUCCCCUAUCCAGGAGGAAAGCAUCCCCAUCGCUUUGUCAGGCAGAGAUAUUUUGGCUCGGGCCAAGAAUGGCACAGGAAAAAGCGGAGCCUACCUCAUCCCAAUGCUGGAGAGGAUAGACCUGAGGAAGGAUCACAUCCAGGCCAUGGUAAUGGUGCCGACAAGAGAGUUGGCCCUGCAGAUGAGCCAGAUCAGCAUUCAGCUAAGCAAGCACCUGGGAGGGGUCAAGGUCAUGGCUACCACGGGUGGCACCAACUUGAGGGAUGACAUCAUGCGUCUUGAGGAGACAGUGCACGUAGUGAUCGCUACACCAGGCAGGAUCCUAGACCUGAUCAAGAAGGGUGUGGCCGUCGUGGAUAAACUUCAAAUGAUGGUGAUGGACGAGGCAGAUAAGUUGCUGUCCCAGGACUUUGUUGUCCUGAUUGAAGAUAUUAUCAGCUUCUUGCCAAAGAACCGUCAGAUCCUGCUUUACUCUGCCACUUUCCCCGUCAGUGUGCAAACAUUCAUGAACAAACACCUGCAGAAGCCUUACGAGAUCAACCUGAUGGAGGAGCUCACCUUGAAGGGCAUCACCCAGUACUAUGCCUAUGUGACAGAAAGACAAAAGGUCCACUGUCUCAACACGCUUUUCUCUAAGCUUCAGAUCAAUCAGUCGAUCAUCUUCUGUAACUCCGUCCAAAGGGUUGAGCUUCUUGCUAAGAAGAUCACCCAGCUGGGCUAUUCAUGCUUCUACAUUCAUGCAAAGAUGAUGCAGGAGUACAGGAACCGUGUGUUCCAUGACUUCAGGAAUGGACUGUGCAGAAACUUGGUCUGCACAGACCUUUUCACUCGGGGAAUUGACAUCCAGGCAGUAAACGUGGUCAUCAACUUUGACUUCCCCAAAAAUGCAGAAACCUACCUGCACCGCAUUGGAAGAUCAGGGCGUUUUGGUCACUUGGGUCUGGCCAUCAACCUCAUAACCAUAGAUGACCGCAACAACCUGAAAACAAUAGAGGAUCAACUAGUCACCGACAUCAAGCCCAUCCCCAGCUGCAUUGAUAAGAGCCUCUAUGUGGCAGAGUUUCACUCUGUUGACCCAGAUGAUGACGGUGAUGGGAAAGGCAAAAACAAUGAACUGGGAUAAGCCUGAAUCCAAGGAGAAACGAGGCACCUGGCAUUCACAAGACUCCCAAGUGAAGGUUUCUAUUUCCCACUUUGCAAUCAAAAUGGUCUAGUCAAUAUUUCUUUUCGUUUCUAAUUUGAGUUCAUAGCAAACUCCAGUCCUGUCAGUGCACAUGCAGGUGAAUUGCUCUCUCUCCCCCUCCGAAAACUGCCACUUUAACUUUCUGCCACACUGCCAAAGACAGUCACUGUACAGACACUCUUAUAUACCCGUAUAAACUUUUUUUUUUUGUCCUUUUCUUUAAGACUGAAUAUGAAACCAAAGGUGAACUGAAAGUCUAGAACUCGGGCAGCAUCUCCUCUGUACAGUUUAACUACACGUUGCUAUGAUGUGCCUUUUGAGCAUAUGGUUUAAAGAAAAACUGCACGUAAAGCCAUUUUAUCAGAUCCACAAAACCACAGCAGACAAAAUUCCAUUUUCGCGUCAUUUCGACCAGGUGCUGGAAACAUUCCUAAAAGAGACUACCUCAUGGUGACAUGAUGGCAUCACGCAGUUGCUGCAGAUUGGUCAGCUCAUCUUAAAGGUCCUCCUACAAAGAUAGUUAGCUUUUUAGUCUGUAGAGGCCAUUGGAGAAGACCUAUCAGCAGGAUGUUGUCCUGUUGGAAGUAGCGAAUCAGAGGAUUGGUUAGACUGUGGCCAUGAAGGGAUGCACAUGUUGGCAAAUCACAGGAGAACAGCACCAACAAUCAUUCCACAGUCACCUGGAUUAAGUUUCUUCCCCAUUGUGAUGUUUGGUCUGAACCUCCAAACAUUUUGAACAUGUCCACAUGCUUUUAAGCAUAGAGUUGCUGUCAUGUGAAAGUCUGAACGGACAUUUGUAUUAAAAAGCAGUUAAAUCUUAGAAUCUGGCCAUUGAAUGUAGUCAUUUUUGUAGCUAGGGCGCUCAUUCCUAUUGCUUAUUCGUUUUUACCAACUUAAUUUUUGAGACUUGGGAAUGCAGCUGUAAAAUAAGACAGAUUGAACAAACAUCCUUGGUUUAACUGGGAUCACAUCCUUUAAAAUGGAACCAAAGAUGGAAAAAGAGAUUACAAUUACUUAAGUUUGAAUAUCAACAGCUUCAGAAGCCAAAAUGACCACUUUGUUGUAAAGGAUGUUUCAAAGAGGGCAGCUGUGGUGCUCUUGAGGGAUAUUCAGAUGUUUACUGCUGAAAUAUGGUAUUCAGAGAUAACUUUGUAAUGUCUGUGACAUUGUAGAGCAUUUUGUAAAAGCACAGACCUAUAGUGACAAUUAGUCAGUACUUAAUUGUAAAUAAUCUCCCGUUCUUUUCAAAGCCAUAGCACGGAAGCUUAUUUUUAGCACUUGAGGUUAUCGGUAAUAAACAUGACAGGAUGAUGCGCCUAAGUAAACAUUUUGAAUCCGGCCAACAUGUUCCGUCUUCUUUCUUUCUGUCCAUUCUCCCCUACAAAGUGCCUUGUCAAACUUCUACUCUGCCCCUUCAUUUGUCCCUGGCUUUUUAUUGUUGAUAAAACAGUUCCUUGCUAGUUUAUCACCUAUUAAAAGUAGGAUUUGAAAGGAUUUAUAUCAGAUAAGACCAACUAGAGCUGGUCUGAAAAAUUACAACCUUUGACUUUGAUUUAUAGCAUCAUCUCAUAUUUUCCAGCACCCUUGCAUGUUGCAUCUUUGGCUGGCCAUUGUAGUACAAAGCAUCAGCAGGGGAGGGACCAACACAUUUUCCAAAGCAUUUGAAGUAGCAAUUGGCUUCAACUUUCUUCAUGUCUGGCAGUGCUGUUGAUAGAUUUUCCCUCAGUUAUUUAGCCAAUGUGCCGGCAACACUUGAGUCAAUACAUGUCAUGUGACAGAAAAGAAAUAUUGAGAAAAAAUUUUUUUUUUGCAGUGCUUUCAAGAUUAUGACCAUUUUGUCCGAUUACUGCAUUGUGGAGAAAUGAAUACUUUCAUUACCUGAUGACCAGAUGUUUUGUUAUGCAGCGACAAGACUUGAAUGUCAGUGCCAUCUCCUCAAAAGAAAUAAAGUCUGACUGACUGACA